AUGAAACGGUUCGUUGCAGUCGCCACCAAUGAUAUCAUUCCGACAAUUGCUUCAUCCUUUCCUGUCACCUGGAACCGCACUCGUCUACAUGCGGGCUCUGUUGCUGUCCCCGAAGAGGAAGUUUUUGUUGAUCCUGCUAAUGCAGCGAGGAUGCUUCAGGAAGCACUUACUCGAACAGGUAUUUUCGGGCCUGCUUCGGGCGCAAACAUUUAUUUACAGAGUCCCCGGCCGGAGAAUAAGCAACCAAAGAGAAUACGUUCCUCCGCGACCGGGGAAAAGAAUAAGAGGGCAAAGACUAAUGCCCCCGAGCCAUCUCUGGUGGCGAUGACGACUGGUCCUCCUUCCGGGCCGGUCAUAGACACUGAUGCUCGAUCUGUUGAGAUAGUUACACGAACUGAAGACAAUGUAUCGACACUUUGGGGAGAAUAUGAUUUGGUAGAAAAUGUCGACUCCCAUUUUCAGGCCCCAAUUGCUGUAUCCAGUGCUGCAGGGCUGAGUACCGGGUCCUUACCAUUUUUGGUUGGCAAGCAUCUAACAGCCAGCACUGCAUUUGAUGCAGCUCUUUUGGCGGAACGAGACCAAACUAUUCUCCGCCUCUCGGAACUGAAAACCAAAGCUACUGAGGCCGUUGUUUUGGAGGCUCAUUUGCAGCAAAGCGAACAAGAACUGUUUGAUGCUCAUGGUUCUUCUGGUUCCGGUUCAGAAUUUUCGAAAACUGAAGAGGGAUCAGAAGGUGACAAUGCUGAAGACCAAACUAGGGAAAACGUCGAGCCAUUGGUGGACCCACCUACUUCUCUCGGGAAUGCGGACACUUCUCUUCCUACUGGUUCCGGAGACGCUGCAAUUUGGCUUUUCUUUUCUUUUUCCCAUUUUGAACUUUUACCGUUUUGGUACGUUCUUGGAAGGUGUGAGGGCAGUGUUGGCUGCCAUGAAGGAGCUCAAGAUCAACAGCCGCAACAGCCGCUCAGGGUGGCGGAGGGCCUGAACCCCGCCGUUCAACAGCAACUGAACCUCGAAUCCGUCAAAACUCGAGCCAUUAGUCUAUUCAAGGAUAUUUCUCGCAUCCUCGAAGACUUCGACGCCAUCGCUCGCAACAAUGCUGUCCCCAAAUGGCAAGAUAUUCUGGGGCAGUUUUCUAUGGUGAAUCUCGAGCUUUUUAACAUUGUUGAAGAUAUUAAGAAGGUUUCCAAGGCUUUCGUUGUACACCCCAGGAAUGUAAAUGCUGAGAAUGCUGCAAUUCUACCUGUUAUGCUGUCAUCAAAGCUGCUGCCGGAGAUGGAAGUCGAAGAUAAUUCCAAAAGGGAGCAAUUAUUACACAGCAUGCAAAACCUAUCAGUAGCACCCCAAAUUGAGAAGUUGAAGGUUAGAAUUGAUAUGAUUGGAGCAGCAUGUGAAAGUGCUGAGAAGGUCAUAGCUGAUACCCGCAAAGCCUACUUUGGAACCAGACAAGGGCCAACACUGCUUCCAACUAUUGACAAGGCACAAGCAGCAAAAAUUCAGGAACAAGAAAAUUUACUUCGAACUGCAGUAAAUCAUGGUGAAGGGUUACGUGUACCUGGAGACCAAACACAUAUUACUUCUGCACUUCCUGGUCAUUUGGUAGAUGUGCUUACAGUCACUGAUGGGCCUCCCUCUUUCGCUGAUUCGUCUGGCACUUAUCUGAAGAAUACUCCUCCCUUUUCAUCGAGCAAUGUCAAUAGUCAGGGAGCUUUGUUACAGGCUUCUGGAGCACUUCGAGCAGCGGCUUCUCCUUCUGGGACUACUUCCUUUGAUACUACAACAGCAUCCCCCUUGCCACAUGUCAACUCACCUAGGUCUAGUGCGAACAUGAUGAAUACACCAUCUCCUCAGCAACAUAGCCUUCAGCAACAGCAGCAUCAACAACAGCAGCAGCAACAGCAGUUGCAGCAGCAUCAGCUCCAGCAGAGGCAGAAAAUAAUGCAGUUGCCUCAGCAUCAGCAGCUACUUCUUGCCCAACAGCAGCUUAGGCAAGCCUCAAUGCCUGGACUGGGACAGCUGCAUGGUCAGCCUCAGAUGCAGUUCUCUCAGCCACUGGGAGCACAACAGUUUCAGGGUAGGCAACUACCAUCUGGUGCAAUUCAUCAUGGUAUGGGUCAAAGUCAGCUCAACCAAGGAAAUCAGCUGAAUCGACAUUUAAACCAGUUUUCUAGUCCUAUGAAUACUGCACUAUUCAAUUCUGCCCAAAGUACACCUAACUCUCAGAUGAUCUCAAAUAUGUCAGCAAUGAUGUCAUCACAAACUCUUCUGCCACGAAUGCAGUUUGGAAUAUCUGGUGGAACUCGGAAUCUUGCUGCUGCAAACCUGAGUGAUCAAAUGUUCAAUAUGAGUGGAAACAAUCCUGGUAUGAUGCCAAUCCAACAGCAGCAGCAGCAUGGCACAUUUGGAAACAUGUCGCAAAAUACACAGAAUCUGCAGCAGGGUAUGAUGCCUCUUCAGAACACACCUCAGACCCACCCUUCCUUUCAGCAACAAAAACCACAGGGCCAACAGUGAAGUAUCUUAAAUUAGAAGGAAGAGGAUAUGUAUACCAAACCUCAACUUUUCUAACUUUGUUUAGUACUGACCUUCAUACAGUAUUCCAAGGCCAAGUUCUUGCAGUAAAUUUUUAUUAAAACAUAACAUUUGUCUAAAGAAGAUUGUAUAAUUACAUGCCCUGUACAUUAUUCAGAACUAGAUCUAAAUCAGAAGAUCACGCCAUCAGCAUUUAUUUGUUA